CACCUCGCACCUUUGGUUCAGAUAAAAGCUGAGGCCCGAAGGUGGCAGGUCCAGCCUCCCAGAGCCCACAGCCCCGGCAUGGCCCAGUCGCCUCCUCAGCAGAACUUCCUUGGCUUAGACCAUUGGAUCUUCUCCCAGGGUUGGGGCUGGGAGGGCCACUCUGACUCCACGUCCCCAGCCUCUUCCUCGGAUUCCUCGAGCUCGUGCCCCUGUGACAGCGCCCUCGGCCUCUCUCAAGCCCGCAGCGCCCGAGAAGCUGAGGCCACCCCGACAGUGCCCAGACGUGCACGGACGGGUCCAGCGGGUGGACAGAGGCGGAGCGCCAGCGAGCGCGAGAAGCUGCGCAUGCGCACCCUCGCCCGCGCCUUGCACGAGCUGCGCCGCUUCUUGCCGCCGUCCCUCGCGCCGGCCGGCCAGAGCCUGACCAAGAUCGAGACGCUGCGUCUGGCCAUUCGCUACAUCGGCCACCUGUCGGCUAUGCUGGGCCUUAACGAGGACAACUUGCAGUGUCGGCGCCGGUGGCGCGCGGACGCAGUGUCUCCCCAGGACUGCGCGCUCUGCCCCGACGGCGGUCCCGUGCAGGUGCAGACCCGGGAUCCUGGCCCGGGUUUGGGCACUGCUUUCUGUACCGGGCCGUGCUGGGGGUCCCCGCCCUCCUAUCCUGCCACCGGAGCCCUGGCUGAGAGCCCGGGGAGCAGGGUUUCCAACACGGAUUCCUGGGUAACACCCCCUUACUGCCCCAAGAUACAGUCGCCCCCGCUCCAGCCCCUAGGGAGAGUUCCUGACCCGGUUCUUUGGACGCCACCCCAAACCUGUCCCGGGAAGCAGACAUCCCUAGAGCCUCAAAACCCCGCUGCACCCUGGACGCCACCAGCGGAGCUGGCAGCAGUAUACCAGGGUAUCUCUGGGUCUUCAGAAUCCUGUCUACCUCUGGGAAGUCCACCCCUUCUGCCCCGCCCUUCAUGCCAGAGACUCCAGCCUCAGACACAGUGGGGGUGUUGGAGCCACAGUGCAGAGGCGCUGCCCAGCUCAGAGGACCAGGGACCUGGCCCUGUUUUCCAACUCAGUGAAGUGAGCCUCACCCAGAGUUCAGGCCUACGGCUCAGUAGCUGCCCUGAACUUUGGCAAGAAGAUUUGGAGGAGACCCACCUGGGCAUCUUCUAAUGGCCCUACCUGGCCUUUUUACAUCCAAGAAUCCAGGCUUGCAAUGUGGACGUCCUCCUCUUCUGUUUCUUUGGUGGUUUUAAAGCUUUCUAGCCAAAUACUUAUCAUGAAAACUGUCUGGAACAGAGAUUGUGGGUAUCCUCCCUAGCUGGAGCGGGGUUAUGACAGUGCCCUCUACUGCUAGGCACCCCCCUCCCAUACACCAUGCCUUGUAUUCUGCAGAGCACAGUCUGAGCUGCUAUGAAAAGGGGGCUGCUUGACCCCAAGGAGACCAUGAUGGGACUGGUAAGGGAGUGGGCAUGGAGGCCAGGCUCUUGCUUGCUGUGCUUCUUGGUGACAGCUGUCCAG